AUGGGCGACCUCGAUUUCGACGAGGUAGAGAAGCUCCUGGACAAUCGGGACGCGGGCCGCGACAAGGAGGAAAGCAUGUAUCUAGAGAAUGAUGAGAAGGCUGUGAACAAUGAACGCAGCGAGAGGUCAGCCCCCUCCAAAGCUACAAUUGGUCCGCCGUCUCGACGGGGCGGGGCUCGAAGUGGCGGAGGCGACCGCGGCUCGCCUUCGCGGUCUCCAGGGGCAAACAGAAUGAAAGGGAAGAGUGGAAGAGGGGACGAUGGGCGGGGACCAAGAGGAGGCAACAGCACAAAGAAGGGUUCUGAGAGUUUGAGCAAGAGGGAAAAGGAAGGCGCCUACCACAGAGAGUGGCCCAGCGGGUCAGGGUACGGCAGCAGGAGGGACGAUCACGAUGACAGAUGGAGAGGACGGCGCGGAGACGACAGGCAUAAAGGGGGCCCGUCAAGAUCGAUGCGCAGCCGGAGUAGGGACAGAAGACGGGCGUCGAGAAGCCCGCACUACGGACGUGACGGUCGUGGGGGACCGGGAGGUAGGGGACCCAGCCCUGGUGCUCUUCGGGACGAAGCUGUAUACAUUAGGAUGCGGCGGGAAAGAGAUGAACAGCAGAAAAAACAGCGCGAGGACGAAUUGAAGAAGCGGGAAGUUGAGGAGGCCCGACGCGAUGACCUUACUGUACUCGUCCUGAAUCUGUGCUUGAAAGCAGAAGAGAAACAUAUUUACGAAUUCUUCUCCGCGAACGCGGGGAAGAUUCGAGAUAUUCAGUUAAUUCGGGAUCAGCGCUCGGGCACCUCCAAAGGCGUCGCAUAUGUUGAGUUCUACACUCAAGAGAGUGUGAUCAAAGCGAUGGCUCUGAAUGGUAUUGCUUUCAAGGGACAGCCGCUUCGUGUUCAGGCGUCGAUGGCGGAGAAGAAUCGCGCCGCCCGUGCAGCGAAACAGCAACAGCAAGGAGGGGGAGCGGCUGAAUCGGCAGUGGUGAGCAUUCCAAUGCGAGUGUAUGUAGGCGGACUUGUGGACAGCCUUGCGAAGAUACAAGAAGAAGAUCUCCGAGUGCUCUUUGGACCAUUUGGGCGCAUCAACGAAGUCGAGAUACCGAAGGACGCGAACACCGGGGGACUACGGGGAUACGGUUUCGUAACCUACGCAUCUGCUGCUGACGCUCAUGAGGCCAUGCAGCACAUGAACAACUUCGAAUUGCUCGGUCAACAACUCAGGGUUGGCUAUGCUGCUGACGGUGUUCGAGGUACCGCCACCGAGGGGACGCUCCAGCAGGUGGCAGCGGCCGCAGCACUUCAGCAACAGCAGCAGCAGCAGCUGGUCCCGCCCCCCCAGGUCUCCCAAGAAGCUGUGCUUGCACAACAGCUUGCAGCCCAAGCAGCUGCUGCGAAGCAGGGUGCUCAGCCUCUCGGAGCCGCCGAGGAAAAGAAGGACGUCCAGGAGAAGGACGAGGAUGAUGGCGUUCUGGACGAUGACGAUGGAGACAAGGGCCUGAUUCAUGGGAGAGACCACAAGCAAGCGUUGAUGCAAAAGCUCCUCAACCGAGAUGCUAGCACGUCUGCCAGCUCUAACACUGGAUCAACUCAGACUGGAUUCCUCCGGGCGAGCAAUGGGGCAUUAUUUGCGGACAACGCGACAGGCAGCUGUAACGUCGUUCUGCACAACAUGUUCGCUCCCAAAGACGUUGAUUUGAAGGAGGAUCCACAUUUUUUCCUAGACCUGGGAGACGAUGUACGCGAUGAGUGCAAGAAAUUUGGCUCGGUAGAGAAGGUAUGGAUCGACGAGCGAAAUGUCGACGGCAACGUUUGGAUCCGGUUCGCCCAUCCGGAUCAAGCCCGGGCGGCGUUUGGCGCGCUCAAUGGACGAUACUUCGCUGGAAAGCCGAUCAGCGCAGAAUUCAUCAGCGAUGCAGUAUGGUCAAGCACCUGCUCGUGA